AUGCCCCAGGCGCCGACCUCGAGGCCCAAGCCGCCGCCGCCAGGCGAUGAGGAGGCCGGCAACGUCCUCAAGCUCGGCGAGUUCGAGGGUGUAGAGACGCUCUCCCUCUCCGAGGCGUCGCUGGUCAUCAACGCGCUCGUCGCGAAGCGGCGCAACGACCGCAAGAACGUCAACGAGACCGAGAUCCUCACCAAGACGAUCGACUACCUCGACGCUUUUGCUCGGUUCAAGCAAAAGGAGAAUGUCGAGGCCGUCGAGCGCUUGCUUGGCUCGCACACGGAGCUGACCAAGUUUGAGCGCGCGGCCCUGGGCUCGCUCUGCCCGGACGGCGUCGAGGAGGCCAAGACGCUGAUACCCUCGCUCACGGACAAGAUUGGCGACGACGACUUGCAGGAGCUGCUGGAGGAGAUGGGCAAGUUGCAAGGCUAA